AGCUCAGAGCAUAGUACUACGAUUACAAGCAGCGGAAAACGUCGCCAGUCGACGAACCUGUUAUUUUGUUUUUUUUUUUAAUUUAUUUAUUUUAAAUUGUAUUCGUUUGGAAAAAUGGAACUGGUGAAUUUUGUGCUGUGCUUCUUGUUUGUGGGGUCCGUUUGGUGUGGAUCGGAGUAUUAUAUGGCAAGUGUAGUGGACGCUGACAAGGGCGAUUUAAUCAGAAGCAAUAAAUACGCUACGCUAAUAAACGAAGCAGCUCAAUCAAAUGUUGAUCUAUUAGUCCUGCCCACGCCUAAAACUGCGACACUUGAAUACACUCUCGAAUCCUGUGGCUUAGAAAACUUGGAUGAGGUCGUAAAGUCAGUCUCAGCAGCGGCGAAGCUUGCCCACAUGUACGUGGUGGCGCCACUGUAUGAGAAGGUAAACUGCCAAGAUAAAGAGGAGCUGAUCACGAACAAUCUGGUCUUUGAUAGAGCAGGAUCACUUAUCUAUGUCCACAGAAGACCAGUAAACAGCCUCACAAGAUGCAAUACAACGAGCUCAAGAAUAGGUCGUUUCGUCACCGACUUCGGAGUCACGUUCGGAGUCCUGGUGGAAGAGGAUCUCUUACUCACAAACGCUCAAGAGUUCGAAGGGAUUGAGAACUUUGUUAUUACUGAUAACUCCGUGUCCAAGAAGUCGUUUAUAUUCGCCCAGCAGUUUCAGGCUUCCUGGGCUUUUGUGAAAAAAGUCAAUGUGAUUUCUGCCAGCGGAUACAUUAGCGGCACGGAUGGCCUGAAGAGGACUUCGCCUCUUAUUGUUGCCAAACUCAGGAAAAGUGGUGGUGCCCAAUCAAGUUUUAUUGCCGGUCCACCCAGCUCCUUCCCGAGUGAAGACCUGAAUCAGUACGUCAUCAAGCCUGUGAACCUGGAAGCCAGCUUGCAAGGAUACAGUGACUCUGUCUGCCACGGAAGAUUCUGCUGCCAGUUCUUCGUGAAGACCAGUGUUAUUGGAACAAACCCACAGGACGUCAGCUAUGGCCUGGUCGCAUUCGAUGGCAUCCAUCAAUCGGGUAGUAACAAUAUUGGUGUCCAAACUUGCUCCCUCGUGGCGUGUGCUGGCCUGUACAAGCGUUCGUGCUUUGUUGGAUCUGAAAAGAAUACCACAAACAUCAACUUCGACAAGAUAUCCAUCGUUGCAAACUUCUCUAAAGCAAACUCCGCUCAAUUUCCUACCAUUUCAACCACUACCCAAACAGUUUGCAACGAGGAGAACUUUAAGUUUACCAUCAAGAGUACAGAUUAUAAUUACGUCACCACUGAAAUACAUAACACAGAUAAUAUUCUGAUAUUUGGAAUUAUUGGCAGGGAUUAUUCUAAAGAUUUCGAAAGUACCAACUACAACAGUACGGAAGACAACAUUUUAGAUUUUUCUGAAUACAUUUCUAGUGAAAAUGUGCAGGAGUUCUUUGAUUAUGUCUGGAUAAAAUUGCGGGUGGUUAUUUUAAUUGUGUCUGUUUAUAUAUUGGAAAUGAUGUAAGUUAAGAAACGGAAAAGCCUUAUGAUUUUUAUGGAAAUAUGAUAAAAGGCGUAUUUACUUUGCAUUUUAAAGAUAUUGAUGCUGUGUUGAAUGUGUCUGGGUCAUAAGUAGUGCCAUCGCUUUUUCAAUUAUAAUUUUUAAAAGAACUGCAUCUAUUUAGUUAAUUUACUAUCAAUUUCGACUUCGUUAUAAUAUUCAAGUACUAGUUGAUGUAAAAGCAAUGUGUUGAUUAAUUACCUCAAUCAUUUCAAAGUUUAUCCGAAUUCACAUUCAAGCAUUCUUUCUUGUCAUAUUUAAGUGUUUUAAAUUUUUAUUUGUUUAAAAUUGCAUGCCAACAUCAAUGUUAUCCCUACGGUUUUGCAUAAAACACUUAUUAAUGAAAUGUUUUAUACUCUGUGCAUGAAAAGGUAGAUUGUUAUGUAGUAAAAAUGCUAAUUUAACAGUAAUAACGGUUUUUAUGUUUUCAUUUAAAACUGUUUAUCCCACGAAAUGGUUGGUGAAAUAAAUUAUAUUUAAUUAAACUUUAAAACGUCCUGAAGCGGUGAUAGCGAGUUGGGCAGGAGCUCGA